AUGGCUUCGGAAGACACUGCUAGCUCUGUUUUUAUGGCCAUUUGUUGUUAUGGUAGCGAAGCUGUGAUUAUUUCCAUCUCAAAAGACACAAUUCUUGAUCAAAUUUUUAAGGAAAUAGUUGAAAGGUGGAGACAUUUAUCUUCUACAAUGAUAGAAGUUAAGUUUUAUAUUCCAAAUAAGUCUAAAAUGCUUGUUACGCUCAUGAGCGAUAAGGAUGUUCGUAACAUGCAUGAAAUACACGUCAACUUAAAUGCCAAGGUGAUCGAGAUGGUUGUUACUCAUUCUCCAAUCUUGAUCGAAGGUGCUGCUGUGGUAAUUGAGAGUGGCUCAUCGCAUUGUCCUGAAAUUAGUUCGAGAGGGAAAAAAUUUUCGAAGGGUAGCUCAAGUAAUUUUGGUCAAGUUGUUGAAGAAACAAGAGCCGCAAUUGAAGAGGAAGCAAGUCAAAAAAAUUCGUUGGAUGAUUGGAAAAAUAGUAUAGAGGGUGUUGGUCAGGAGUUCAUGAAUGUGGAAACUCUACGUGACACCAUUCGCAACUAUUGCAUUGCAAAUUGCAGGGAUUUUAUCUUCGUGAAGAACGAUCGUGAUCGAGUUACUGUAGAAUGUGUUUAUGAAGGUUGCGAAUGGCGUAUUCAUGCUUCUCGCCUUGGGAAUGGUGAAAAGUUUGUAAUUAAAAAAAUGCACUGUAACCACACAUGUGGAGGAGGAUUGCAAGUGCGGUCUCAUCCAAAGGCUUCAAAACGUUGGGUUUCCAAAAUUGUUAAAGAUCAACUUCAAGAUAUGCCGUUAUAUAAGCCGAGUGAUAUUGUAAAGGAUAUUCGAAGACAAUAUGGUGUUGAAUUGCCGUAUCAUCAAGCUUGGCGUGGUAAGGAGGUGGCUAUGAUGGAUCUUUAUGGUAAUAGCCGGCUAUCUUAUGAACGGAUUCGCUGGUAUUGCGAUGCCAUUCGUCAGACCAACCCCGACAGCAUUGUAGAGUAUGAAACAAUUGAUGGUCGAUUCAGACGUCUAUUCAUUUGUUUUCAUGCUUCACUAAUGGGUUUCAUAAAAGGAUGUCGUCCUCUGAUUUUUAUGGAUAGCACAUUUAUAAAGCAUAAGGAUGGAGGUGUAUUGCUUGGAGCCACUUCCAAAGAUGGAAAUGAUGAUAUGUUUCCUAUAGCUUAUGGUGUUGUAGAUACAGAAAGUGAUGAAAAUUGGGAAUGGUUUUGCCGGUUUCUGAAAGAAGCUAUUCAUAGUUGUACUGAGUAUAGUGGUCAACAGUUCACAUUUAUGACGGAUAGACAUCAGGGCAUUAUUAAAUUCGUGCCGAAGUACUUUCCUGAUUCUUACCACUCAUAUUGUAUACGUCAUGUGAAAGAAAACUUCAAGAAUCAGGUCCUUGUCCAUUAUCAUGCAGCUGAGAGAAAGAGGCUCAUUGAUUUACUAAAUGCUGCUGCCUAUACACCAAGGCUUACUGUAUUCCGAAAGCUAAUUGCAAAGCUUACAUCAGAAGCCCCUGGUGCUACCACCUUUCUCCUACAUGCAAAGCCGGAGCAUUGGGCUCCAGAUCCACGCUGGGGCAUCAUGACAUCGAAUGUGGCAGAGUCUUUUAAUAGUUGGGUCGUGGAGGCUCGUCAUCUCCCUGUGCCUCAGAUGGUUGCCAUAUAA